ACAGUUCCUCACUGCUUUUGCAUCCAUGCGCGGCUCCUGUCGUGUUUGGAGGAAUUCCGCAAUCCGGGUACAAUAUAUGGGGUCUCGUCCGGGAUCCCCCGAGCCCUUCAGGACCCGCGCUUCGGAGGACGAACGGCCGCUUAUCUCAGUAAUCUAUCUUUGGAUGACGAUCAGAUGCCUGAUGACCUGCAAGCAGGACUGAAAAAAGACAAUUUAAGAGACUGUCUCCAACCUGGAUAAGAGGACUUUUUAUCAGCAGUUGCAGGUUAAACAGCUGCAUGGAUGCCUUUGAAGGUAUUUUCUCAAGAUGCAGAUGUGAGUUUGCGACGUAACAUCCCCAGAGAAGACGCAGAGCAGGAGGAAGAAGAGGAGGAAAUGGCAGCUUCUCAGGGGCUGCUGACAUUCCAGGAUGUGACCAUAGAUUUCACUCAAGAGGAGUGGGAAUGCCUGGACCCCGGUCAGCGGGAAUUGUACAGGGACGUGAUGUUAGAGAACUACGGGAAUCUGGCCUGCUUGGGUCUUGUGGUCUCUAAGCCGGACCUGGUCAAGUUUCUGGAGCAAAUGAAGGAUCCCUGGGAUGUAAGGAGAAUGGAGACAGCCAUACACCCAGCAGUUGCAGGUUAAACAGCUGCAUGGAUGCCUUUGAAGGUAUUUUCUCAAGAUGCAGAUGUGAGUUUGCGACGUAACAUCCCCAGAGAAGACGCAGAGCAGGAGGAAGAAGAGGAGGAAAUGGCAGCUUCUCAGGUACGUGUCCUGUCCCGGGUCUGGGGCUGUGUCUGCUUUUCAUCCUGAAAUGCCUGGACUGAGA